ACCCGGUUGCCAGCCCCUCACGGAGCCUCCCUCUCAGACCACUGCUUCACUGGCCUCACGUCCACUGCAGAUUCCGGGGAUAGCCACUUCGGGAACACACAGACUAGAUCCUUCCCAACCAAGCACGGACACUCCAACAGCUUCAGUCUACCCAGGGGACCAGAUCUACGCAAAGGGGCUCCAGCUGCAACCUCCGAACCCCGCUGGACUGGACCACAUCUGGUUAUUCUCACACCACCAACGGCGGUCAAGCUCCAGGGAUUCCCACAAAGGCACCACCUGUCCAGAGCCAACAUGCUCCCUCUCCUUCAGAGGACCAGGCUAAGUACCCCAGUUAACCCAUGGGGCCGACUGAGCUCUGCCUCGCGAGAGUCGCUUAACCUUCCACACCUUCUCUUGGGGCUCUCCCUUCUCCCAUUAGCCUUCUCCGCAGCUGGGACAAAAUACACAUGGCAAUUUCAGGUCCUGGCGGUUGAUAAGGGAAAUAAGGUUCUCAAUUCUACCUUUUGUCCUACUGUGAGUUGUGAUUCUGCCCUGACAAUUACCUUCAAUUCAAUGGCCGCCUGCUCCCAGGGAUGUAUAACCACCAACCCAGAAGUAUGGACGCAUUUCACCCCCUACCUCUGCCUUAUGUCUGACCAGACUGCCUCUUACUGCAAGGACCCUGCCUGGGGAGGGUGUCCAUACUGGAGCUGCAUAUACCAUUACCCGGGCAGAUCUGGUUCUAGGCUAGUCAACCUCCCUAGGUCCAAUAUGGUAACCUUCACCAUCCAAGACCCAUGGGACAAAAAAUGGCAGGACGGGGUGUCUGGAGCAGUCUAUCAAUACUGGAAAGUCGCUCCACAGGGAAAAAUUAAGAUCAUCAGGACACGCCAACCCACUCCCCAGUCAGAGCUGGAUGUGGUUACUGAUGUCACAAAAGAGGCCAUGGGGGCUCCCUGACCCUUCAGGCCCACUGAGGGCAUCUGGGAAGAAGCAGACGUCGCAGCUGCAAAGACCUCGCUCACGUCCUGCUUGUGCAACUGAAAGGCCUCCAGUACUCUCGCUGCCUUGUCUACACAUUCCUGCUGGCUGUUCCAGCCCCGACCCUCCUUCCUCUCACUGACUUCUGGUAUAAAGUUGCCCAGUCUUCCACCCGGCGCACCCUUCUUCCUACUGAAGCCUGCCUGCAACUGGCCCUUAAUCAAGCUCUUUUUUGAGACAGUUUGUGUGGGUUCUUUCGGUAACACCUUACAGUUUGUAUUUGAUAAACUUUCAUGCUACUGGGAAAAAAUUCCCCCUCACUUAUUUCUGAUCUCAGCUUAUUUCAUCGCAUUCCUGUUGAGAAAUAAAUAAUACCUCAUAUCCCCGCAAAGGUAAAUCGAAGUCAAUCUGUUUUUCUACCUUUUCACUUCGUCUGUGAAGAUUCCAGAAUUUCCUCUGGCUAUUUGUUUUUCAAGUCUUCGGUGAUGUCUUUGAAACAGAAUGAUCCCAAGCAUUCUCACUUAGAUGAGAACUACUAUAGAUGAACUUACACCUCCCCAUGGGACCUCCUGAAACUUAGAUGCAUUGUGGGUGACAGAGAGACCUACUGAAAGUCAGUGAUUAUCUAAGCUUAUCUCCCAGACAGUGUUGUAGAAACGGGAGUUAGUGGUGUACCUGGAAUUGUAUCCUCCAAGACACCUACUUCCUGAAGUCAAUCUAUACCUGAUCCCCAAAAGUCGACUGAUAGUCAGCAGAGAUAGUAUUUCUUCAUUCUGUGCCCUCUGAUGAAAUUACUUUUUCUUUUCAUCCUUUCUUUUCCUCUGCCCUCUAUGGCUGUCAAAAAUCUUAUCCUGGGGCCCUCCCUGGUGGCGCAGCGGGUUAAAGCGC